CACGGCGAGGGAGGGACAGCGGGAGGGACAGCGGGAGGGAGUGCCCGGGGGCCGGCCGGGAGAAGGUGCCGGGAGGGGCGCCCAGCGCAGGGCGGCUCGGGGUUUCCGCGCGGGGCUUUCGCCGUGGCCGCUGUGGGCGCCGGUGUCCUGGGAAACCCUCGGGGCCGCGCCCCGGUGCUCCCGUGGGCUGCUGCGGAUAGACGAGGGCAGGCGGCGGCCGCGCGAGCCGGAGUUUCCCGGUUAUCCGCAGGAGUCGGCGUCGGGCUUUGGGCUCCGUUGUCGCUGGCACCGGCGGGGAGCAUCCUUCUCCGAGAACCCGCCCCGAGCCCAGGAAAAACAAAAUGAAGGAACUAGUGUCAAACAGUACAACCAGUAUUUCUCAAGCCAGGAAAGCUGUGGAACAAUUAAAAAUGGAAGCAUACAUGGAUAGAAUGAAGGUAUCCAAGGCUGCAGCAGAUUUAUUGGCAUAUUGUGAUGCACACAUUGGAGAAGAUCCCCUUAUUAUUCCUGUACCUGCAUCUGAAAAUCCCUUUAGGGAGAAGAAACUCUUUUGUACUAUCCUUUGAGUCAGUUUUCAAUUAAAAAUGUCGUCUGCUAAAAUUUGGUAUCAGUGUUGCAUGCUUUUAGCAUUUUUUUCUUCAAAUGUCAACACCCCAUAACUACAAUAUUUUUGGAAGGUAGUGCAAUUUCUGUUAAAAAAAGUCCCUGAAUUUUUUUUUUUUUAAACUAAAAAAUUCAAGGUAAUGCUUAUCUUUCAGAGCAAUGUAAAAGUUUAAUUUCAGUUCUUCAUAAACAUUCUUUUGGUCUUAAUGAAAAUAUCAAGUACAGUAUCAAAUUGUAGAUGUCUUUGCCAGUCAUAGAUUUUUCUGGGACUUAAAUGAGUCAUACCAAUUCUUGAAGCUAUUUUUAACAAUCCUAUUUUCUUUGGAAGGUGAAUUCAAUUCAAUUGCCUUUACAAAUUUCUAUCUAAAGAGAGUAGUGUGACCUUUGCGUCAAGAAGCACUAUCUAGGGAAAAGUCACAGUGAUUUACAGUGUUUAGAAUGAUCAGACUUAUACAGUAAGUGGUGUCUAUAAAUAUGUUUUCUGAAGACUGUAAGAAACUUGACUACAAAAACAAUCCUAGUAAAGUGCCAUUGUAGCUAUGAGCAGAAUGGAGAUGUAUAGUCACACACCAGGAUUACAUCAAUAAAACUGUAGAAAAAU